AUGACUGAGACUAUUGCAAGAGAAGCAACCUAUCUCUUCUUUCCUAUACUCCUCUUACCUAUCAUCUUCUUCAUCCUGAAGCAUUUCAAAUCUUAUUUCUUAUCAAAAACUAGUCUACCACUUCCACCAGGACCAAGUCCAUGGCCAAUAUUGGGCAAUAUUCCUCAGAUGGGAAAAAAGCCUCACAUCACUCUAACAAACUUUGCUCGGUCGUAUGGCCCUCUCAUGUCGCUGAGACUAGGAACUCAAAUCAUGAUCAUCGGAUCAUCCACAACUGCUGCAGAGGAAAUUCUCAAGACCCAUGAUCGGAGCUUAUCUGCGCGGUAUGUUCCUAGUGCAGUACCAGCUAAAAGCUCAAAAUUCAAUCACUUGUCACUUGGAUGGGCACUGGAGUGCAAUGAUGGAUGGAAGAAUUUAAGAACAAUAUGCAGAAGUGAGCUGUUCUCGGGCAAGGCAAUGGAGUGUCAAGCAUGUUUGAGAGAGACAAAGGCAACGGACAUGGUGAAGUUUGUGUGUGCAAAGGAAGGAAAGGAAGUGAAAGUUGCAGAAUUGGUUUUUGCAACUGUGUUUAACAUGUUGAGUAAUGCUUCGAUAUCAAGAGAUUUAAUUAGCUUGGAGAAAGAGGGUGUGGAUGGAGGGAUGAAGAGUCUUAUAAGAAAAUAUAUCGAGUUGAUUUCAGCUUCAAAUCUGUCUGAUUUUUAUCCAAUUUUAGGUGCAUUAGAUCUUCAGGGCUUGAAAAAGAAGGCAAAGGAAGCGUUUAUGAGGAUCUGUGCUACGUGGGAGCCCAUUAUCAAAGACAGAAGAGAAGGAAGAAGAGGCAAUGCUUCGAGCCAAGAGGACUUCUUGGACGCCCUCUUGGACAAUUCUUGUAGCAAUGAUCAAAUCAACUAUCUGCUCCUCUCCAGAAAAUCUGUCAGUAUGCCCGAUUGGCUCCUUGGCUGUCCAAACGGAUCAUAA